AUGUCUUCAAAAGAUAAACAAAGUGUUAAGAGUGAUAAGUCUAAGGACAAGAAGAAGAAAUCUACUAAAUUGGACAAGAAGGAUUCCAAGAUUCUACCUCCUCCUCCUGACAAUGAUCAAUAACUACUUAUUGCGAGAGUAAUUAGUAGGAGUGGAGACAAGGAAAGCAAAAGCUUGGCCAAUUGCGAUGAGGAUCCAUAAAUGUAGACAUUCAACAAUAAUAAUGGCAAUUUCUAAACUAGCAAUUAUUCGUAGCAACAUAAUCAAUAUGAAAAUUACCCUACUGUCAAUAAGAAUAAUAAUCAAUUCAGAACCAAUAAAUUUAUGACUGAUCAAACUGCUUAUCCAUAACAAUACCAAGACAAUUUCUAUUAAAAAAGUGCACAACAAUAUCAAGAUCAAUAUUAUUCACCCAGUUACACAUAACCCUAUUAUCCAAAUCAAUAGUUUACAUAAUAAGCUACCUUCGAUUAUAGAUAAGAAAGAAUGAAGGAUCAAGUUAACUAGAGUUUGAUACCGAAAAGAUCUGAAAUUCUGGAAUAAGUCUCAAAGAUAGAUAACAGAAUAGAUGAAAUCAAAUAUCAAUCCUAAAAAAUAGAGAGCAUUACCAGAGAAGAAUGCGAGAUGAUCAUCGAUAAAUUAAAGAGUGUUGAAACUCAGAAAUUGCAAAUGUUGUAUCAUGAUAAGAAUGAAUUGCUUAGAGACAUCGAUUAAAUUGAUGCUCUGCAAUAGAGAAUCUCAUAGUUGUAAGAUUUCAACUCUCAAAAGAACAUAGACUUAUUUGAAAACAUAGAAAGAUUGAGUAGGAAAAGGAUCAAAAAAUAGAUUGAAAUCUACCCAGAUGAUUUGCCUUAGGAUUUGAUUCAAUUUAGAUAAUUGCAAUAGUAAAAUUAGAUGCUCCAGAAAUUGAUGGAUUUCAAGAAUGAAGUCAUUUGGAAACUCUUUAAUGAUUCCUAAAUAGAAAGUAAGCGGAUCAGAGAGGAAUUGGAAAGACAAGCAAAUCAAGAAUUUCAAGAGUGGUACAACAUUGUGGAUCAAUACUAACAAGAAUUGAAUAAGUACAAAUUACAAUGCACUUUUUGUGGAAUAAACUUUGAUUAUUAAUUGAUUAAUUCUGAUUGCAACUCAAAUCAACAGGAUGUUUGUAAGAUAUUGAUUAAUUAAAAAGAAAUCUAAUUCGACUGCGAAUAGAAUCCGCCUGAAUAAUUCUUGGGUACUCGACGACACUUUUUUAGUAAAAGUAGGUAGAUGUAAUAAUCGUAAAUUUAAAUGGAAGACAAUAAAGUAUGA